CUGGUUUGUUUGACCAAAACUCGGGUUGUCUGUUCAGACCUUCUUCUUUUAGCAAAAACAGCGGCAGUGAGAGUUCCUCUUGACCGUUGAACUCGCUGAAAACAGAAAACUCAAAUCAAAUGGCGGAAAUCAAAGCCGAUACGGCUACUCACCAGCACCUGCUGAAUGUACCGGGGUCCGCUAUCUCGGACCAAAAGCCCCCUAGAAGGAAGCGCGUUGCUUCCCUGGACAUCUUCCGAGGCCUCACUGUUGCGUUGAUGAUUUUGGUGGAUGAUGCCGGAGGAGAGUGGCCUAUGAUUGGGCACGCACCAUGGAAUGGUUGCAAUCUUGCUGACUUUGUGAUGCCAUUCUUUUUGUUCAUUGUGGGGAUGGCCAUUGCGCUUGCUCUCAAGAGAAUACCAAACCGGUCCAUGGCCAUCAGAAAGGUGAUUCUUAGGACUUUGAAGCUUCUCUUUUGGGGUCUCCUAUUGCAAGGAGGUUAUUCACAUGCUCCCGACAAUCUAACAUAUGGCGUCGACAUGAAAAAAAUAAGGUGGUGCGGCAUUCUCCAGAGAAUCGCUCUUGCAUAUUUGGUAGUGUCGCUGGUGGAAAUCUUUUCAAGAAAUGUUCAAGCCAAGGAUCUAGCAUCGAGCUGGUUCUCUGUAUUCAAGUUGUACUCUUGGCAUUGGCUGGUGGGAGCAUGCGUUCUUCUUGUUUACUUGGCUGUGCUUUUUGGGGCAUAUGUCCCAGACUGGCAAUUCACUGUCCAUAAUGGAAAUAAUACUGUUGAGCUUACAGUAGCCUGUGGCAUGAGAGGAAAACUGGAUCCUCCUUGUAAUGCAGUCGGGUAUAUAGAUAGAGUUGUGCUAGGAAUCGAGCACAUGUAUCAACAUCCAGCUUGGAAGAGAUCUAAGGCUUGCACUGAGAAUUCCCCAUAUGAGGGGCCUUUCCGAAGUGGUGCUCCUUCGUGGUGCUAUGCCCCUUUUGAACCAGAAGGAAUUUUAAGCUCAAUAUCAGCUAUUCUCUCCACCAUCAUUGGAGUGCAUUUUGGACAUGUGCUUGUACAUUUUGAGGGUCAUCCAGCUAGACUGAAGCACUGGAUUCUGAUGGGUUUUGCCCUCCUCAUUUCUGGAAUUAUCCUUCAUUUCACUCAUGCAAUUCCUCUGAAUAAGCAGUUGUACACAUUUAGCUAUGUUUGUGUAACAUCUGGAGCAGCAGCUUUGGUGUUUUCAGCUUUCUACAUUUUGGUUGACAUUUGGGGUUUUAGAUAUCUGUUUUUGCCAUUGGAAUGGAUUGGCAUGAAUGCUAUGCUCGUCUAUGUUAUGGCAGCUGAAGGCAUCUUUGCAGGAUUCAUUAAUGGGUGGUAUUAUGAUGACCCCCAUAAUACACUGAUAUACUGGAUUCAAAAACACAUUUUCAUUGGAGUUUGGCAUUCCCGGAGAGCAGGCAUUCUACUCUACGUUAUCUUUGCAGAAAUUCUGUUUUGGGGUGUUGUUUCAGGCAUUUUGCAUAGACUGGGCAUAUACUGGAAACUUUGAAGUAUAAUGUUAGCAGAUACUAGACUUAGGUUUCUUAUUAUUGCCUUGAUUUCCACUUAAAACUGUUGUGGCUGUUAGUUGGUGGCUUAAUAGUCUGCCCCUUCUACCAUGUAUAUACUAUUCUACUAGAUCAGUGGUCAAUAAAUUGGGAAUUUUAUGUUAA